CAUUUCAUUUCUAUUCUUUGCUCUCCCAAAUUCCAUUCCAAGUAAAACACUCGCAAAAGCUGUUUUCCUAAAUGGAUCCGAAGCUCUUCACCAAAACCCUAAUCCAAAUUGCGAUUGCAAGAAGAUCGUACUACACUAGUAGAACUCGAACCCACAAGCCUAGCCUGUACUCCAAAAUCAGUCCCCUUGGAAAUCCUAAGACAAGCGUGGUACCAGAGCUCGAUGAUUGGGUCCACAAUGGGAACAAGCUCCGAGUCGCCGAGCUUCAGCGAAUCGUUCACGAUCUUCGCAAGCGAAAGAGGUUCACUCAGGCCCUCCAGGUAUCUGAGUGGAUGAAUAAAAAGGGUAUAUGUAUUUUUUCGCCGAGUGAACAUGCGGUGCAGUUGGAUCUCGUCGGUAAGGUUCAUGGAUUUCAUUCUGCAGAAAGUUAUUUUGAUAAGUUGAAGGAUCAAGACAAGACUGAUAAGACGUAUGGUGCUCUAUUGAAUUGCUAUGUCCGCCAGCGCCAAAUUGAGAAGUCCCUUUCCCAUUUGCAAAAAAUGAAGGAGAUGGGUUUUGUUUCAUCGCCUCUCACUUACAAUGACAUUAUGUGUCUAUACACAAAUGUUGGCCAGCACGAGAAAGUUCCAGAUGUGCUAAUGGAGAUGAAGGAGAACAAUGUUUCCCCUGACAAUUUCAGCUACAGAAUCUGCAUCAAUUCUUAUGGUGUAAGAUCUGAUCUUGAGGGAAUGGAGAAGAUUUUAAAAGAGAUGGAGUGCCAACCUCAUAUUGUCAUGGAUUGGAACACUUACACUGUAGCUGCUAAUUUCUACAUAAAAGCUGGCCUAACCAAUAAGGCGAUUGAUGCCUUGGAGAAUGCAGAAAAGAAGCUAGAUAAGAAAGAUGGGCUUGGCUACAACCAUCUAAUCUCACUUUAUUCUAGUAUAGGGAAGAAGGACGAGGUCUUGAGAUUAUGGGGCCUGGAGAAAAGUGAUUGUAAGAGAUGCAUAAACAGGGAUUUUAUCAACAUGCUAGAGUCUCUUGUGAGGCUUGGUGAGCUUGAAGACGCUGAGAAUGUACUAAAGGAGUGGGAAUCAUCCAGUAACUGUUACGAUUUUCGAGUACCCAAUACUGUCAUUAUUGGGUAUUCUGAAAAGGGUUUAUGUGAGAAAGCAGAAGCAAUUCUUAAAGACUUGAUGGAGAAAGGAAAGGCCACCACUCCUAACAGUUGGAGCAUAGUGGCAGCUAAAUACCUGGAUAAGGGUGAGAUGGAGAGAGCUCUGGAAUGCUUGAAAGCAGCCUUGUCUCUACACGUGGAGAAGAAAGGAUGGAAACCCAACCUGAAGGUGAUCACAGGGAUACUGUCUUGGCUUGGUGAUGAAGGCACUAUUGGAGAUGUGGAAGCUUUUGUGAGCUCACUGAGGACUGUCAUCCCAGUGAACAGGCAGAUGUACCAUGCUUUAAUCAAAGCCAAUAUAAGAGGUGGUAAAGAAGUGGAUGAACUUUUGCACCGCAUGAAAACCGAUAAGAUAGGCAAAGAUGAGGUGACACAAAAAAUGCUUGACAUGAGGCAGACCUAAAAUUUUAUUUUUUAACACAUGCUAUGUCUUUUAGUGGGGGCAUAAUGGCUAAUUUUGCUUUGAAAGGCCGUUCAUUGCUCAAAAGAUUUGCUGCUCCUUGGAGGAAUUACAAAACAACAAAUCUUUUUGAGUUAUUAGGAUCGUGUUGUGCUUCCUGAUUUGUCCUAACUUUAAAGUGCCAUUUUUAACUAUGCAGUCUCCUGACCAACUAAAUUUAAAUAAAUGAAAAAAUAUGCAGUCAUUGAUGUACUUGCCAUCAAUUCCUUUUUGGAUCUCAA